UACGUCUCGUUAAUCAACCACACACUGUAAUGAGUGCUCACGGGAUUAAUGAACGCACACAAAACGUUCAAAACGUUAGCAGAAUGAGGCCUAUUCGGCCGUACGUGACGAGCAGAGCUAGCCCCAGUGACGAAGAUAUGGCGUCAGUUAGAACAAAGGAAUUUGGUUCAACGACGGAAGAGGACGACGACGAUCGAAUCGUUGAAUCGACACCCGUGCCACAACACGCAGACAGCAUCCAGGAAGCAUACCCAAGCAUUACCCAAGGCAUGGAAGAACGGUUACGACGCAAGCUUCAAUUUUUCUUCAUGAACCCGAUCGAAAAAUGGGAAGCAAAAAGACGAUUUCCGUACAAAUUUGUGGUACAAGUAAUCAAAAUAGUGCUCGUGACGCUGCAGUUGUGUCUUUUCGCACAUUCCCGAUACACACACGUUAACUAUACGUGGGACAACACGGUAACCUUUUCGCAUCUGUUUCUCCGCGGUUGGGACAUCACAAUGGAGGUCAACAACUAUCCCCCCGAGACGGGUCCACUCUCUGUGUACAUGAUAGAUGAGUUCUUCAAAACUAUUGAUUAUGCAGCAGCAGGAUACGCCAAUCUGCCCCAAGCUAUCGGACCGUACUCGUACCCAACAGAGGACAACACUAUGGCACCGAUGGAGCUGUGCCUGUAUCGCUAUAAGGAUGGUACAAUUUUUGGAUUCAACGAAAGCUACGUGUUCAACCCGGAAAUCGACACCUUGUGUGUAGAACUGUACCAAAACGUCACGAAAAACGGUAGCCAGGCAUACCUGCACGGCAAAGACAUUCACAUCAAUUUUUCAGCGUUGGUCAAGGCAGAACUCAAGUUCUCUAUUAAAACCGUAAAUUUCAAGGCGGCCGGACCGAUAACUGCUCCCGAUUGCUAUCGCUUCGACAUACUGAUCUUCUUCAACAACCAGGACCACGAUGGUCAGAUGACGCUGCGACUCGGAGCGGAUCCUACUCGGUUGUUGUGCCACGGUGAUGUGGAGUUUAUAAAAAAUUCAGAAAUUGACUCAGCGCUGCGAAGCUUGCUGAACAUACUUGUAAUAUUAAUAUGCCUCGUGUCGUUCGGUCUGUGUGCGCGAGCAAUUUUCCGAGCACAACUUUUGCGCCUGACAACGAGUGAUUUUUUCAAGCACGCUUACGGCAAGGAUCUCAGCUGUGAAGGCAAAUGGGAGUUCGUCAACAUGUGGUACAUCAUGAUCGUAUUCAAUGACAUACUGCUCAUGGUUGGAUCGGCGCUGAAAGAGGAGAUCGAACAGAAACACUUCAUCGCUGACGAUUGGAACGUGUGCUCGCUGCUUCUUGGCGUGGGAAACUCGCUCGUUUGGUUCGGUGUUCUACGGUACCUUGGAUUUUUCAAAACGUACAACGUAGUAAUUCUUACGCUUAAAAAGGCUGCCCCCAAAAUAAGUCGAUUUCUCCUUUGCGCUCUCCUGAUUUAUGCGGGCUUUACUUUUUGCGGAUGGUUGGUACUCGGACCGUACCAUAUUAAGUUCCGGUCGCUUUCAUCCACAUCGGAGUGUCUUUUCGCGCUCAUCAAUGGUGACGAUAUGUUUGCCACCUUUUCGAUCAUGCCAGAAAAAUCACUCAUGCUGUGGUGGUUCUGUCGCAUUUAUCUGUAUUCCUUCACAAGUCUGUACAUUUAUGUCGUGCUGUCGUUGUUCAUAUCUGUCAUAAUGGAUGCAUAUGAUACGAUCAAGAAAUAUUACAAAGACGGAUUUCCCCAGUCCGAUCUGCGGCUGUUUGUUGGGCCGAUCAAUCCGACGGAUUUUUCCAGCGGAGUAUUUCGAGAACACGAAGAAUUCGACAACGCCGAAACGAUGUCGUUUAUGGACGCUGUGAAGCGUUUGUGCUGUAUUCCCUUAGCUAGUAGCAGCCGUAGUGGACCUACAGGCUAUACUUCGCUAACACCAAAGGCUACAUCUAGCUACAUAAACAAUUAGCUAAUUCUCCCCGUUUCUCAAAAAGCUUUAGAUGAAUUGUUACAUUUAUUUGCAAUACAUA